GUCGAAUUGUUUCAGUCUAUCCCUGGACUGGUGGCGCACUUUUGGCAUGCCCACCAUCCGAAAACGGAUGGAUCCUCCGCCACAAUCUGAUACCCCAACGCCAGGGAUGGAGAGCUAUGGUAAAGGCAAACCCCUGACAUCUCCAACGCCAAUGACAGCAUCUCCACCUGCCCCUCCGCAUUCGGGCAUCCGUAUCAUGAAUAAUAAUCCACCUCGUCCCUGAAGUUCUCCUGAUAAGGGUUAUAUGCGGCCUAGAAUUCACAGAAAUAUUUGCGAAGACAUACACCAACAUGCCUCUCAACGCUCAAUCAAUCUAUCCCGCCGUGGACCCCCAAUUCAUCCCCUUCCCCAGUCGCCGCAGCGUCGUCCACAGCACUAAAGGUAUCGUCUCAUCCACCCAACCGCUCGCCAGUCAAGCCGGGAUCAAGAUCCUCGAAGCGGGUGGAAAUGCCGCCGACGCCGCCGUCGCCGUCGCCGCAGCCCUCAACGUCACCGAACCCAGCUCCACCGGUAUCGGCGGUGACAUGUUCUGCCUUUUCUACGACGCCGCCAGCAAAACCGUGCGCGCGCUCAACGGCUCAGGGCGCUCGGGCGCGCACGCCACUUUGGAGCGGAUGCGCAAAGAGCUAGGGAUCGCGGAAGGCGAAAGCGGAGGGAUCCCGAGCAGCAGUGUGCAUGCGGUGACAGUGCCGGGGGCGGCGGCGGGGUGGGUGGAUUGCGUGGAGCGGUUUGGGAGUGGGAAGGUGGGUAUGGGGGAGGUUUUGGGGCCAGCGGUGGAGUUGGCGGAGGGAGGGUUUCCGGUGGGGGAGUUAGCGGCGGGGUUUUGGAGGAAAUGUGAGGAGUUGAUUAAGGGGGCGUCGCCGAAUGGGGCGGAGGUGUUGAAGAGCGAUGCGGAGGCGCCGGGGAGGUGUCGGGCACCGAGGGCGGGGGAGAUCAUGAAGACGCCGGCGCUUGCGAAGACAUUUCGGCUGCUGGCGGAGCAUGGGAAGAAGGGGUUCUAUGAGGGCGAAGUCGCGGAUGCGAUCAUCAAGGUGGUCACGGAUCUGGGAGGGUUGCUGACGCACGAUGAUCUCAAGCAUCACUGCGAGACGGGAACGGAGGAUACGGAGCCGAUCAAGGUCAAAGUCGACAUCCCCGAGAUGAUUAACCGGUCGAAAUCAGCAGGAAACGAACAAGGUCCUGUUGAUCUAUGGGAGCAUCCGCCUAACGGACAAGGCAUUGUGCCCUUAAUAACGCUCGGCAUCCUCCAAGACCUAAUCAAAACCGGUCAGCUCAAAAAGCUCAGCCCAGGAGACCACAACUCCCCCGAAUACCUCCACGCCCUCAUCGAAUCCCUCCGCCUCGCCUUCUCCGACGCCCACCAUCACCUCGCCGACCCCUCCCACUCCCCACUCCCCCCCCUCCUCUCUCCCCCCUACCUCUCCUCCCGCGCCGCCCUCUUCUCCCCCACCACCACUGCCACUCACCCCCCCGGCUUCCCUGCCCUUUCCCGCUCCGACACCGUCUACCUCGCCGUCACCGACCGCCACGGCAACGCUGCCUCCUUCAUCAACAGCGUCUACUCCGGCUUCGGCUCGGGGAUUGUGCCGCCGGGCACCGGGUUCGCGCUGCAGUCGCGGGGGGCGAAUUUCGUGUUACGGGACGGGCACGCGAAUGCGCUGGCGCCGAGGAAGAGGCCGUAUCAUACGAUCAUUCCGGCGAUGGUGACGGAUGGGGCGACGGGGGAUCUGCAUACGGUGUAUGGGGUGAUGGGUGGCUACAUGCAGCCCCAGGGGCACGUGCAGGUGUUGAUGAACAUGUUAGUGUUUGGGAUGAGUCCGCAGGCGGCGCUGGAUGCACCGCGGGUGUGCAUUGGGGCGGGGUUGCCGGACCAGGGGGACGUGAUGGAUGCAACGGUGUUUGUGGAGGAGGGGAUGGGGAAGAGGACGGUGGAGGGUUUGAUGGGGUUGGGGCAUGCGGUGGAGGUGGUGGGGGGGUACGGGAGGGGGUUGUUUGGGAGGGGGCAGGUGAUUAGGGCGCAUUGGGAGGGGGAGCAGGUGGUGUAUAGUGCGGGGAGUGAUCCGAGGGGGGAUGGGGCGGCGGUGCCGCAGUGA